GGCCGAAACACGAGCACCAGUGAAAAAAAUUAGAUACAGAUGCUAUAAACCCCAUCUCUGAAAUACUUUACAAUUACACAGCCUGUAGAAAGCGGCUAGUCGUCUACGAAAAUUGCCGUAAACAUAGAAGAGCAGACGCGCAAACACCGAUAUCAUCACCUUGACAUUAUUACCGCAAGAAGCUCACCAGCUAGCAUCACCGUGUCCCGUAUCCCCUAACCUCAACGUCGUAUCGCCAUGUCUCUCUCACCCGAACAAAUCAGCCGUCUUCUAGAGCACAUUGGUAUGCCUAGAGAUGGCCGCGCGCAGUGCGACGACCUCACGUACCUCCGCCGUCUCCAACGUCUGCAUAUCCAGCGCGUGCCAUUUGCCAGUACAACACUCCACUACUCGCAGGACCGUCGCAUAUCCGUCAACCUAGAUGAAGUGUUUGAAAAGAUUGUCGAUCGCGGCCACGGCGGCUACUGCAUGGAACUCAACACCCUCUUUGCAGGCCUACUGCGCGGCCUGGGCUACAAGAUUGUCACUGUUGCUGGGCGUGUAAGUGCCAGCACACCCGUCUUUUCCGGCCAAACACACAUGGGCAUCAUCGUCACCAUCGAGGAAACUCGCUACCUCGUCGACGUAGGCUUCGGAUCGCCCGCUGCCUUCCAACCUCUCAAGAUGGACAUCUCGCAGCCCACGAUUGUCCCAAUCAUUGGUACGCGCCUCGGCAAACUAGAAUACACUGCUCUCGAUUUCUUCACCGAUCAGUCCCAACGCGUCUGGCUAUACUCCAUGCAGCUCGACCCAACCGCCGAGUUUCUACCUCAAUUCGCCCUCAGCGAGCAGGAAAUGGCCGAACGAGACUUUGAAGCCAUGAACUUUUAUACCAGCAAAAACCCCAAAUCCUUCUUUGUCCAAAACGUCGUCGCUAUGAAUAUCGUGUGCAAGGGCGCCGAAGAAGACUAUGCCCCUGAGCAGAUUGUCACCCUGUUCAACGACAGGGUUAGAUUUUCGGUUGGGAAUGACGUCAAGGAGGACAAGGUUGUCGCGCUGACGAGCGAGGACCACCGGAUUUCUGUACUAGAGGAGCAUUUCAAAAUACACCUGACGGAAAGAGAACGCAAGGCUAUACUAGGGCACGCGCAGGCCCUCAAAAAUGUACAUUAAGCGCCGCCAUACGAGCAACGACUGUAUGGAAAUGAAGAAUAGAAAAAUAAAUAAAAUAAGAAAUCUAAUAUGCAUCGUCAUCAACAACCAGCCCCUGUCCUUUCGUUCGCCAUGCUCUAAAACCAUGCUCACCUUUCACAGGAAAACAAAAAGAUGCUAAUAUGCUUCCACAAUCUGCCACGUGCCCUCUUUCGACAUAAUCUUGUGUCCAACCGCAAACUGCUCCUCAUCAGUAAUCAGGCUUUCGCACACCAAGUCCCCCUGACCGACCUGGACAGACCUCGUCCAAGCGCCAUUCUUCUUCUCCCACCGCUCGGCAGCGACAUGGUCCCCUCGUCGCAUAACGCCUUGGCACAGCCCGUCCAGCAUCACCACCAUGCCUCUGCAAUCCUUGCCGUCUAAUUUCGCCACAAAGCAAGACUUUUUGUCGUCGUUCACCGCAACCUCAAUAUCCAGCCAGGACUCUUCGUAAGCCGUAUCUUGGCCCGUCUCUGGGUUCACCAUGCUGCCCUUUUCUAAUGUUGUGCCGUCGGCCUGUUCGUACAUGUCGCCUUCGUCGGCAACACCGUCGGCAUCUUUGGACCUUGAGUUGAUCCAGUGUGAGAAUUUGGCUCGGCGGAUGCCGCUAUCGUUGAUCGUAGACGAUACUGUCCCGCCAAUAGCCCAGUCCAGACAGUCUAUUGAUGUGCUGCCUGGGAAUGGAUGUUAGCCUCUGGUGUUUGUUGUCUAGCUCAAAGAGCCUUUUUCAGAUUCUCACCUUUGCAUCUAGAAUCCAUGCAGCCAUCGUCGUUGAGCAGCACGCGGAUAUCGACAAAGCGGUUGUCGCGUGAGGUGAGGACCAGCGUCGAUGUUGGCUCGCUAGCCUCGUCUGGCAGCCAGCGGAUAAACUUUCGAUGAGAUAUCGUGCCCAUGUUUGAUAGCGAUACGGCAAGAAACCACUGGCAAAGAAACGCCUAUCUUGCACUUUAUCUGAUUAUGCAGAUUGUAAAAAGGGAAAACAAAGAAGAAAUAGUUACGGCAGGGAAAGCGGCAGUGCCUCACCGAGACCGGCCCUCUCCGCCCCAACCCCACUGCCGGAG